AUGAAGUCCUUGACAGCCGCAGUGGCUGCUGCCGCCCUUGUGGCGCCUCUCGCUUCCGCAAUUCCACUUAUUCCACGGUCAGAGAAUGCUCGCGUGAUUUCCUUGCCCAUUCAACGGAGGCACGUCCCCGAUAUCCUCUCUCACGAGCGGCGCCGCUUGAAAAAGCGCCAAAAUGUUGUUGAACAAGUCCUCGAUAACGAUCAGUCCCUGUACUACGCCAACCUGACUCUCGGCACCCCCCAGCAGACCCUGCGGCUGCACAUUGACACAGGCAGUUCCGAUCUUUGGGUCAACACCGCAGAUUCAUCCUUCUGCUCCUCGUCGGCCAACCCCUGCGAAGGUGGCACGUAUUCUCGCAGCGCCUCCUCUACCUACGAACUCAUCAACAAUCAAUUUAACAUUUCUUACGUUGACGGCUCCGCUGCCCUGGGUGACUACGUCUCUGACACAUUACAUUUUGGAGGCGUCACCCUCGAAGGCUUUCAGUUCGGCAUUGGUGAGACCUCUUCUUCGGAGCAGGGCGUCCUUGGUAUUGGCUAUACAAGCAACGAAGUCCAAGUCAACCGUGCAGGCAUGGAUCCUUACCCCAAUCUGCCCGAGGCUCUCCUGAAUGCUGGCCAUAUUAGAUCCAAUGCUUACAGCUUGUGGCUAAAUGACUUGGACGCCUCCACCGGCGAGAUUCUAUUCGGUGGUGUCAACACUGCCAAAUAUGAAGGCUCAUUAGCAACAGUCCCUGUCAUUCAGACCUAUGGCGGCUAUUACGAACUCGUCGUCGCCCUGACUGGUGUCAAAAUCAACGGCCAGGAUCUCUCGAACUCCAACUCUCUUCCUGCUGGCGUCCUUCUUGACUCCGGCGCCACUCUCACAUACCUACCCAACGACAUCACCGAAUUGAUUUACAACGAAAUUCAAGCAGUUUACCAGGAUUCAGUCGGCGCUGCUUAUGCCGAGUGCAGUCUCGCCGACUCCUCCGCCACACUCGACUUCGACUUCUCCGGUCAGACCAUCCGCGUCCCGUACAACGAGCUUCUCCUGGAUGCAGGCACUGAUAGCCGCGGCAACCCCCUGACCUUCACCAACGGCGAACAGGCAUGUCUUUUCGGCAUCGCUCCCGCCCAGAGUGGCAUUUCCGUCCUCGGUGAUACUUUCCUGCGCAGCGCCUACGUUGUCUACGACCUGGCCAACAACGAGAUUUCCCUUGCCCAGACCGUCUUCAACGCUACGGCUGACAACGUCCAGGAGAUUGGCACCGGUACUGACUCUGUACCAAACGCCACUCCUGUUGCCAACCCAGUCAGCUCCGUCAUCGCCGAGAGCGGUGGUGCCCGUCUUGGUGGUGCAACUGGCACUGCCACUGGUAGCCUUGGCAGCCCAACGGGAUCGAACAGCGCUGCGAUCGACAAGGCUGUACCACUGUUUGGUCUGAUCAUCACCGCUGCACUCGCCGCAAUUACAGCUCUAUAA